UUAAUUAACAGGACAGUAUAUAGGGAAAAUUUUAAACUUUACUAAGAUGCCAAGAGGAGGACACUUGGGUCACUGACCCUACCAAUGAAUCUAUGGCUUGACUGAUAGAGUGUGAAUAGGAGAUGGGACUGCCUAACACUGAUACUGUGACCCUGAGUACAAGUGCUGGAGUGUUAUGGGGAGCACAAAUAUGACCCUCGUUGCUCAUUCAAAACGGACUCACUUUAGGACGUUCCACUAAAGCCCAUGCUCCUCCCUCUGUGGAUUCUGCGCUACUUACUCCUGCUCUGUGCAGUUCAUUGGGUGCAGGAGGGCCUGGGCUGCUACAAGUGCUUCGUCUCCAAUAAAGAAAGAGUUGAAAUCUGCGACUAUGUAUUUAUGAAGCAACGGCUGGAUGUGGAGAUUUGUAGUCGCAUCAUGAAGAAGACUUUUCUGCCUCUGGAUACUUAUGUCAUAGCAAUGUCACAGAAAGAAAUCGUAAGACAAGCGAUGAAUGGUUUUUAUGAUGAAGUGAAGAAGCAGUACACACAGGGUCCAUAUCCCCUGUUCAGGAUGAUAGCCCAGAACUUCACUACACGGAUGCACUGGGUUCUAGCAGCCAAGAGACCAAUGGAAUGUGUUCCCCCAUGUGGUGUGCAGGAAAAAGCCAGGAAAUUCAACUGCUUGAACUGUGAAGAAGAGAGCUGCAAUCUACCUAUAGAAUGUCCAAUCGAGGACGUCUAUGUACAUGAGUUCCAGAGGGUAGUCAUGAAUUGCAGUACAGACUUCCCCCUUCCAGUGGAUGACAUUACUGUCCGAUGGAAAUUUUAUUGGAAUGAUAGAACUAGACGGUGGUCACACUUCACAGCUUUACAUAAAGGGGUGGAAUUAUUCUUUUUAAUCACGCGCAUGGUUUUGGAGAAGCAAGGCACCUAUGCCUGUGAGAUUAGCACCGAUGAAGAUGUCCUCAUCCGAAAAUACUUCUUUAUAAAUGUGACCAGCAGUUCUCUUUAUGAGUCCAUGAAACACAUGCAAGAGCUAUUUGAAAGGAUUGUCCAACCCACCACCCCUAAGCCAGCUAGAGUGGGACUCCGCAAUUUGUUUGUCUUCAGAGACCUCCUCAACCCAAAGAAACCCUUGCCAGUGGCUAAAUAUAUUUUAUACACAGCAAUUGUCUCUACGAUUACCGUGCUGCUUGUCCUGAUUGUUGGAAUCCCCUGUUACUUUAUAUAUAAAUAAGGAGCAGUUGUGAUGUGGAGCGGCUGAGAAAUUAAAGCUACGUGAUCACUCCAUCCCUUGACACCCUCAACAGCAUGUGUGUGUAUAUUAUUUAAUAAACAGGAGAUUUCUAUAAAAUCCUGAA